GCUUUCCCCAAUCCGACCUCUUUCCAGCGCGCACGUUCCAGCCCCACGCUGCUUUUAUAACCCCUCGGCUUUCUCUCUCCUCUCCACCGCGGCGGCCGCAACUACUCUGGUACAGCAAGCGAGCGCCGCCCCAAGCCCUACACCAGCAAUGGCCGAUCCAGCGGAGCACCGCGAGGAGGAGGAGGAGGCCGCGGCGGCCGGCGAGGAAGAGGACACCGGCGCCCAAAUCGCUCCCAUCGUGAAGCUCGAGGAGGUGGCCAUCACCACCGGCGAAGAGGACGAGGACGUCCUCCUCGACAUGAAAGCGAAGCUGUAUCGAUUUGACAAGGACGGGGGCCAGUGGAAGGAGAGGGGCACGGGUGCCGUCAAGCUGCUCAAACACAAGGAGACUGCCAAGGUCCGCCUCGUCAUGCGACAGGCCAAGACCCUCAAGAUCUGCGCCAAUCACCUCGUUGUGGCCACGACGAAGAUGCAGGAGCACGCUGGGAGCGACAAGUCGUGCGUGUGGCACGCUCUGGAUUUUGCCGACUGCGAGCUCAAGGAGGAGAUGUUCGCCAUCCGCUUUGGAUCCGUGGAGAACUGCAAGAAAUUCAAGGAUCUUGUAGACGAGAUUGCUGAGCAGCAAGGAAAGAAUGAGGAGAAAGAGAGCGAGGAAGUCUCCUCUGCUGCCGAGUUGGUAGAGAAGUUAACUGUGACGGAGGUCAAAAAGGAGGAACAAACUGAGAAAGUGGAGACUCCUGCAGUAGAUGAUAAGAAGGAUGCUGAAGAGUGAAAACAAGGGCCGGCUAUUUCAUCCUAUGCUCUAGGAGCAUCGCUAUACUCGAACUAGUGAAUUGUCAAAUGAGUGUCAUUCUAUUCAUUUUAUGGUCAAAGUUCAUCUUCCUUUUCACAAAUUUUCAUUGUGUUGUUCUGUGGGAUGGAUGUUUAUGUUGGGCAAAGUUUGAUUUGUGUCAGUCAUGGGUUCCUUGGUUGAUAGACUGUCAUUUGUUUUUCUGGAUGGGGUGCCUGGGGUCAGCAUGUUUGUACAAUUAUUUGGGAAUUGCUUUUGGAAUGGAUACGGUUUGAGUUGUCCAAAA